GUCGCCCGCUGCUAACAGGCUGAGGACAGAGCCGCGCUGCGCAGGAUGGAUUUAAGCAGAUGAUCAGAGAGAUGCUGCAGGAGAAACUUUCAACUGUGACGGAUGAACGUAUGAGCCUGGUGCAGACUGGCGGGGAGACAGAUCUCCUUCCAAACCAGUCACGACUGGGCCUGUCCACAGCUCCCACCAUUCCCAGCUCCAGUGAGCCCGACCAGAAUAUUGAGAACAUCAAGGUUGUUCUUCAUGAGAGGGAGCUGUGGAAGAAGUUCCAUGAGGCGGGCACAGAGAUGAUCAUUACUAAAGCAGGCAGGAGGAUGUUUCCCAGCUACAAGGUUAAAGUAACUGGGAUGAACCCCAAAACCAAAUACAUCCUUCUCAUUGACAUUGUCCCAGCUGAUGACCAUCGCUACAAGUUUUGUGAUAACAAGUGGAUGGUGGCUGGCAAGGCCGAGCCAGCAAUGCCAGGCCGACUCUAUGUGCACCCCGAUUCCCCUGCCACAGGAGCUCACUGGAUGAGGCAACUGGUGUCAUUUCAGAAGCUUAAGCUAACAAACAAUCACCUGGAUCCUUUUGGGCAUAUCAUUUUGAAUUCUAUGCACAAAUACCAGCCCAGACUACACAUAGUCAAAGCCGAUGAAAACAACGCCUUUGGAUCGAAGAACACUGCCUACUGUACCCAUGUCUUUCACGAGACAGCCUUCAUCUCUGUAACUUCUUAUCAAAACCACAAGAUCACUCAGCUGAAGAUUGAAAACAAUCCAUUUGCCAAAGGAUUCCGGGGUAGUGAAGAAGGAGAUCUGCGUGUUUCAAGAUUACAGGGGAAAGAAUAUCCAGUGAUUUCAAAGAACAUGGUUCGCCAGAGGCUCAUCACUUCGCAUAGUCACCUUGCAGGGAAGCUCGGAGCAGGAGUUUUCACAGGGCACCCUCAAGUCCUGUCCUCUUAUCAGUAUGAGAAUGGGGUUCCAUUGUCUAACUCAGAUCCUCAAGAUCUUAUCUCAAACCACUUCCCUCAGAGCAGAGAUCCCAGCCUUCUGUACCACUGUUUCAAACACAGAGAUAAUGCCCGACACCUAGAGCUAGGAUGUAAGCGGCCAUAUCUGGAGACAUCACCUGCGGUCUCAGAGGAGCAUUACUUUCGUUCAGCUAGCUCUUAUGAGUCGCCCUUACUGUCUCAUCCAUACUGCACUGAGGCAAUCACCUCAAGAGAAGCUUGUAUGUAUGGUAGUAUGGAAACAGAGUCUGGAUCUGGGGCAGGUGACAGAGAUGACCUGACCAACACCUCCUCAGUAAAUUGCAACAUGUGGGCUACAAUGCAGCCUUACCCUCGCUAUAGCAUGGAUGGUGUCCCGUACCAGCCCUUCACUGCUCACUUCACCAACGCUGCCUCGGUCACGCCUGUUGUACCACACCCCACAUCAUCCAUGGCAUCACAGCCACAGGCUGACUUGGGGGUCUACAACUCAGCUACAGUGCAGCGAGGUUUGCCCAUCAUACCUCCUUCAUCCUCCUCUUCAUCCUGCUCCCCAUCAGUUCCGGGAUCCAGAGAUAGGUCAGGUCAUCCACCUCUCUACCACAAGAAGCCAGGGUCCCCGCUUAGGCCUCACAGAGAUUACUCAGCCUAUCCCACACAAGGCACUAUAUCCAUCCGGGAUCCAUCCUAUCAGUACCAAGUGGGUCUGAGUAGCGCAGGGACUCACUGGACUGAUAGCUAAUGUGGACACCUGGAAGACUACUUUGUCUAAUAUACAAGUCUGAAAUCAAAACCCCACUGUGGGCGGUAGAUGGCAGGAAAUGAUAAUG